AUGGUGCCAGCUCCUUGGCGGCCACUGGCAGUAACAGAUGACGUCCUUGGGCAAGACUCAACAGGCAUGAAGGGCAGCCCAGACCAGCGGAUCGAUGACGUCAGGACAGACAGGGGCAGUGACGUCAUCAUCCUGCUGGUGGGCGGCAAGACCGACCUGGCCGACAAGAGGCAGGUGACCAUCCAGGAGGGCAAGCAGCGUGUCAGAGAACUGAGUGCCACGUUCAUCGAGACCAGUGCCAAGACCAGCUACAACGUGAAGCACCUCUUCGGACGUGUGGCCUCGGCUCUGCCUGGAAUGGAGAAUGUCCAGGAGAAAAGCAAAGAAGGGAUGAUCGACAUCAAGCUGGACCAACCCCAGGAAUCCCUGGCCAGCAAGGGCGGCUGCUCCCGCUAA